ACUGAGUUUGUCUUUAUGGAGGAGUAUGAUGUGGACAUGGAAGAGGAGGGAGAGGUAUUCAUGAGAGAGGCCACAACAGGCCACUGGUGGGAGGACUAUGGAGAUGAUGGCAACUGUGACAUACAACAACAGAAAGGAGGAAGAGGCUGCAUGGUAAACAGCCGCAGUUGGGCCGAGGAGCUCCAGGAUAUCUUUGCACCACAGGCAGAAGACUGCUACAGUGGAGGACGAACCAGACUGGCCAGCAUCUCUGCCCAGAGGAAUGAGAGAGAGUCCAUCAGGCAGAAACUUGCCCUUGGCAGUUUCUAUGACGACGAGCCAGUCAUCUACACCAGCUGCAGCAAGAAUGGCCUGUCCUCCCGACUGCAGAGUGGGGUGAACCUGCAGGUGUGUUUUGUUAACGACAGCAGCAGUGACAAAGACAGCGAUGCUGAGGACAGCAGGACAGAGACCAGUCUGGACACGCCACUGUCACCUGUGAGUAAGCAGAGCUCAUCGUUAUCGGACCGAGACACGGCGGAGGAGGACUCAGACCCGUUAGAUGACUGUGGCGGGUUCUGGCGGGUGCAGCGAAGGCUGCAGGAGGAGGCCCGGGUGGCACUGGCUCUGGCUCGACCCAUGGCCCGCAUGCAGGUGGAGGUGGAGCGGCAAAUCCAACUGCACAGACGUUCACCUGUGGCUGACUUGCUUCCCCAUCUGCCCCACAUCAGCGAGGGCUUGAUGAAGAGGAAUCUGAGGCGAGGGGACAUGAGGGACAUGAGUCUAGGACAGCUGCAAGUCAUCACAAAUGACUUACACUCACAGAUUCAGAGUCUAAAUGAGGAACUGGUGCAGUUGCUGCUGCUGAGGGAUGAGCUGCAUGUGGAGCAGGACGCCAUGCUGGUGGACAUAGAGGACCUCACCAGGCACGCUCACAGCCAUCAGCGGCACCAGGCAGAGAAAGCUAUCUCUAAAUAAAACACCAUGUCUACACAUGUGUCUGUCUGCACGCCAUUUUACCUCCCGCUCCAUGGACUGUCACCAGUGUUACUAAUGACACUCCAUCUGUGCUGACUGUUUCUGGAGAAAUGAAUUUACCACAUACUGUAGUAUUAACACACAGACCCACUCACAAUGUAUUGCACCACAGGAUGUUGUGAAAGGACAGAGGAUGUGACAUCUGAGUCAUCAUUGCUUUCAGUAUGGGCACAAUUGAGUCUGUGCAGGGUUUUCACUUCCUCUCAGCAUGAUUAAUCAUGCCAUAUUUCAUAGAAUUAGGGGAAUCCUCUCAACUUAAUUCCAUCCCUAGCCCUGAUUUACCUCUUCAUGAUUUUGCACGGUACACUCAUGUAUGUUAAUGCUGGGUUGGAGAGAGCGCCUGCACGCCUUGUUUCUCCCUUGUCUCAAAAAGGAUGAUGACUUCUAGAGGCCACACCUAGCUGAACUGAGGAUCAAUUAACUUUGUCUUUGUCUCUAUAAUAAUCAAGAGGAUAAAUCAGUUCAUCUGUAGACAUGCUCUGUUCACCUGUUUGUCAGCUCUUUCACUAAGAGCACUGUGUCAUCGCUGUUCAGCUACUGUCUGAGCAAUUGAAAAUGAUCAACACUCUGUUCUGAUUUGCAGUUUAGCUUUCACAGUGGUGUUUAAAUGCUGCAGCAGCUUUGCAGAGGUUUGCAAAAUUGGAUGUUACCUGCUUUAAAGAUGCAUUAGAGCUUUACUGGACAACAUUUUGAACUUUGAGACAAAUUUGCAUUUUUCAAAUGCCUUCAUCUACUUGAUACAAUAGACAAAAUGACAAGAUAUGGGUUAAAUAAUUAUAUUGGUUAAUACAUAGUGAUAGAAAAGCAAAAGUGGAGACAUGUUGACAUGAACAGCCCCUAAAUAAAAAUAUGCAAAGUAAUUUUUGUUAUGCUCAAUUUACUAAUGCUAAAAAAAGUAAAUAUAAAACAUGUAAAACAAAUAUAUAAAUAAAUCAAAGCCUAAACAUAUAUCUAUUUUAUCUGUUCAGAAGAUUUAUGGACAUACUGUAUGUAAAUGUUAAAAGAUACUUUAUUAAAAGGAUGAAGAACAGG